UGGCCUUCUUUCUCUCUCCGAUUUUUUUUUGGUUCCGAAUUCUCUGAUCUAUAACAAAUACACGAAUAAAAAGCUGCCCUUCUUUUUCCCUUCUUCACGAACAACACCUUCUCUUUUGUCACCAUGCAGCCUGCACAUGAUAAUGCGUCGGUGCAUAGCCAAAACGAAGUUACCUUGACUUCAAAUGUAUAUCAAGACGAAAUAAAGAAAAUGGCCACCUGUGACGAGGAAAAGAAUGUAUCAUCCCUGGGACAACAGCAGCCUUUCCCCGCAGAUCAAAUUAUCGAAGAGGAAUCCUAUCCCGGCCUCGUCGAAUGCGCACCAUUCCCUACAUUGGCGUCCCUUCCUGAAAUCACACAUACAUUGUCAAAGACUAGAACCAAUCAGACUUAUAAGAGCCAGCGUGGUCGCGAAGAUUCCCUUAAAACGGCCACUGCCGAUCCAGAGGGACAGCUUCCGGUGGUCAAGACCAUCGGCGAGUACUAUGGCACCGAAGGAAUAAAAAACCCGGGCUGGUUUGCAGUCGUUGGAACCUUUCUCGUAAACUUUUUCGUCUUUGGCACGGUAUUCAGCUGGGGCAAUUUCCAACGACUCUAUCUUGAAAUCUAUGCCGAUCAAACGGACGAGUUUCGUAUUGCAUUCGUCGGCACGGCUGCUAACGCCAUGUUGCUUUCGACCGGUUUAUUUAUCGCUCCCUUGAUGUGCCGUCUGGGAAACCGUCGUUGUAUGGCCAUAGGCGCUGUCCUGGCGCCCCUUGGUCUCAUUCUUGCUAGUUUUGCUACCCAACUGUGGCAUUUGUAUCUGUCACAAGGUAUCCUCUUUGGUCUUGGAGGUUCAUUUGUGUUCUCGCCAUCCAUUACCUUACCUUCACAAUGGUUUAUCAAAAACAGAGCCUUAGCAACAGGCCUAGCGGUUUCUGGCUCUGGUAUCGGUGGCGUAUGUAUUUCUCCUAUGGCUCAAUCCUUGAUCACAACUAUUGGCUAUCGAAACGCGCUACGGGCGAUGGGUGGUAUGGGUUUUGGUCUCCUAAGUAUUGCAACAGCAUUAGCGGUGUCUCGGUACCCGCCAGCUCCGUCCAAUGGGAAGCCUUGGAAUGUUUUUGAUCGAUCUCUGUUAAGCUGGCCGUUUGCGUUCUUACUUCUCUUUGCGUUGUUGGUACCCUUUGGUUACGUUGCACCAUUUUUCUUGACACCUACCUAUGCGGCGCAUAUAGGUGUGGAUGCCUCCAGCGGCUCAACAUUGGUAUCCAUUAUGAGUGCUGCCAAUGCAGUUUGCCGAAUCAGUCUUGGGUUGGUAUCUCCCUUUACAUUCAUAGCAUAUAUAAACUUUUACUUACAAGAUCUGAUUUCGGCGUUUGUUAGAUACUUUGGUGACAGAUAUGGUCGUGUCAAUACUAUUGCCAUUUUUACAUUGCUGUCCGGCAUAUUUACUAUGGUUGUUUGGCAAUUCGCUACAUCCUACGGUGCCUUUGUCGCUUAUUGCGUUCUUUUCGGCCUUUCAGGCGGCGCUUUUGUAUCAUUGAUGCCUCCGGUUGUAGCUGACAUCGUCGGUAUUGAGAACAUUCAAAAAGGUGUUAGCUUUUCAUACUUUUUGACUAUGUUUGGCAACUUAUUGGGUACCCCGGUGUCAGGUAAACUUCAAAAACAGUUUGGAUGGACAGCAGCAGUUCAAUUCCCAGGUGCUAUGACGGUCGCUGCGGGUCUCUCGGCAGUCGUCAUCCGUUUCUUAUUGAAUCGUAAAUUUUUCGCCAAGGUUUAAAACACAAAACACAAUGACAACAAUUAUUCAUAACAUCCGAGCUAUCAGGGCUCAAAAGUCAGCAUUAU